AUGGCGCGUCAAAUUGGAACGUCUGAAAACGACUUUGACAAAUCCUUGUCGAGGACCCUUGAUUGGCUUGGAAAACGCGACGACUUGUGGUGUUUGGUCGUCGAUAAUCUUGACGAGUUAGAAAUGUCCACAGAAAUGCGUAAGCUGCUUACUGGCCACUGGAAAUAUAAGGCUCGUGGUCACAUUAUCAUAACAACAAGAAGGGAGGUUUCAGAAAUUGGGGAAGAAACAGGAAUUGACGAGAAGUGUUGCAUUGACUUAAAAUGCUUAACGGAAGAAGAAGGCAUUCAGUUCCUACGGCUACGAACAGGGAAAGAUCAGGGAGAGGACAAAGACUUACGUCAACUGGUCAGAGAACUUGGAGGACUGCCAUUAGCUCUUGAUCAAGCUGGGGCCUAUAUACGAUGGGUUAAACAAUCCAUAAAACAGUAUAUGGAGAAAUACAAAAAGCAGAGGCUGCAACUCUUGGAAAAGAGAAAAGCGCAACAAUUCGUCGAAAACACCCCUCCUGAGCGGCUGGCUGUCCACACAACAUGGCUUUUGAAUUUUGAUCACAUAAGGCAAAUCUCAGAAGAGAUGGGAAUUGGGAGAGCUCCUAUUCUUUUUAUGCAGGUUUGUGCUUUUUAUGGCCCUGAUGACAUUCCAUGCGAGUUGGUUAAUGAAGCGCUGAAGGAAAAAGACAGUUCCGAGGGUAGUGGUCCUUGUGAUCAAGCUGAGAUAGUGUCUCUUCUUACCAAGUUUUCCCUUUUUCAAAGGUAUGGAACAGAUUCGUUUAGUGUUCAUCGUUUAGUACAAGAAGUGAUUCGAAACAGGUUGGAAAAAGAACAAACUGAGUGCAGAGUUCUCUCUCUUGCAUUACGUGUCCUUCACCGCGCGCUGAAAGAUACUCGCUCGCCGGCUGAAGUGUGUGAAAGUUUCGUUGAAGACGCUGUUUUUAGUGUCGAGAAUCCCCCUUCUUUGCAUUUAUGGGGUAAAUUGGCCUCGCAUGCUACCUAUUUACAGGAGCAUUUGUCCAAUUUUUCAGUGAAACAGGUAGCAGCAGGCCAUAAGUUGCUCUAUACAGAAGAAGCCGUGCGUGUUUUUAACGAAGCUGGGAUCUUUUUCAGUGUGUCUCAAGAGAAAAUCAAAGCUCAAGAAGUUCAAAAAUUUAAACUGGAAUUCCUAGUAAAGCUACAAAAAUCUACUGAAGAAAACAGCGCGAAACUGCCAAACUAUUUUAUUGACAUUCCAUUAAAAGACAGGAACCGCAAGCUGAUAUCGCACUGCAUGAGGCAAAUGGCCUCGGAAGGAGAUUUCGUGGAUGAAUCUCGUUCUGUUCAGGAAGAAAGGGAGAAGAAAGCUAACCAACUCAGGGAACAAGGAAACUUUGCAGUAAAAGAUAAAGAAUUUGAAGAAGCAUUAAGGCUCUAUUCCAACGCCAUUGGUCUCACGGCUAACGACUACCGACUUUUCGCCAACCGCGCGUUUUGCUAUUUGAAACUCGGCAAGCCACAGCAAUCCCUAGAUGACUGUGAAAAAUGCCUUUUGCUAAAUCCGGGCUACAGUAAAGCACUUUCACGCAAAGCUUGGGCUCUCGAAGAUCUUGUUAAAGGAGGAUCGUCUCACCUGAUGGGACAAAAAAGAGCAGCGGUGGCUGUAGCAGUCCAUUUUGACCCCGAUUUUCGCCAAGACAAGAAAUUUUGUAAAAUGUUUCCAGAGGUAGAUACUCAUUCGAGUAAAGAAAUAAGUAAUUCUGCACAAUUGGCUUUUGCUCUGAUGACAACACAAGAAAGUGAAACUCUGUUACUGCAUGAUGGUGAGUAUAAUUUACCUCAGUUCGUUGCCUUAACAGACCUGCAGAUUGUCGGCCUUGGACAGGAAGUCGUUUUCAAUUGCAAAGAGGAGUUUACAAUUUUCAACGCCAGGUGCUAUUUUGAGAAAGUCCGUUUCUCAAAAGGAAGCGUGGGUCUUGUUUGUGAAUUUAAUUCUACUAUUCACUUGAAACUUUGCGAAAUUUCCGGAGGAUACUCUAGUUGUGAAGACUUUCCAGAAUGUAAUGGCGGGCCAGGAUGUGUAGCGGCCUCUUUAGGUAAACCUGCCUGCGAUCGCACCGGCAAGUUUGGACAAUCAGGAAUAAAAUCCGGUGUCGGUGGUUUUCCUGGAGUGUCGAUUGCAUUUCAGAGCUCCGCAUUUAUUGAGGACUGUGCAAUUCAUGACUGUGGCGGUGGUGGCGCUCUUGUUCGUACAUUUUCCCGAAUGGAGGUUAGAAAGUGUGAGAUAUACAAAAACCACCAGGCUUGUUUAGAAGCAAGACUAGGCGGAAAACUUGUAGCAUACGAAAACAGGAUAUACAGUAGCAAUUUUCAUGGCAUUCUUAUCGGGCCGAAUGCAGGAGAAUGUGACAUCAGGGGAAAUAAGAUAUUCGAAAAUGCAAGAGAAGGCAUUCUCGCGCAGAGCAACGAGAAAACGAUAAGAAUACACGAAAAUGAUAUUCAUCACAAUGGGCCCUUCGGUCUUUCCCUAGAUGAGAAUUCUCACCUUGAAAUAAGCAACAACAAAAUAUUCCAUAACGGCUUCUGGGGGAUCCUUGCCAAAUCGCGAACUUCAGCAAACAUAACAGAAAAUGUUCUCUUUGCCAACAAAUGUGGUGGUAUUCUCAUUGGUGUAAAUUAUUCUGGACGUAUUUACUUAAAAUCUAACAUCGUUCGAGAUCAUAGCGGUCCGUGGCUAGAGUAUCCAACGUUUCCCAAAGAGGUUCCCCUUGAUAAUAGCAGAGAGUCUGAGUUUGAUGAUGAACUUCCACAUGGAGAAAGGCAGUUUUAUUCUAGGCCACCCAUCCUCAUCCGUAACAAAGAAUUUAACAAUGAAGAGGGCAUGCAUUACCCUAAAGAAGUGAUUAAGCGGUUUAACAGUGGUUGUACGUUUUGUCACCUCACGAAAGGGGUGGUACCUCGCCUUAGGAAGUGUCCGACUUGUCAUAUUGCAUCUUAUUGCAGUAAAGAAUGCCAACGAAAGCACUGGCCCAUGCAUAGGACUUUAUGUAUUGCCCUGAGAAGUCGAUAUUCCGUAACGGUGAAAGUGUCUUCUUAUGUUCCCAUGGAUAGAAAAGUAAUCCAGUUUAGGCAAUUUGGUACUCAUUUAAAAGGCAUUGGGACAGGCCCUAAACCAAGCCGCAACCGUCGCCAAAAGUUCAUCGUAAAGAUUCAAACAGGAACUCUUAAUAGCCACCCGUUACAGUUACUGCGUGUCUACGACAAGAGCCUCACCCUAGAUGGUGACAUCCAAAGUCCAGAAAUCUUCAGCGUUAUUAUGGAAUGUGGAGUCCUGAGAGAGUUAAACAAAUUCACAAGCAAAAAAGCCUUUUUCUGGGCCAUGUUUACUGAAAAUGGAGAGAGGCUGACAGUUUUACUUGAUCAGCUGGCUCCCUAUCAAAAAUGGUGA